UUCAGUAUAUUUCUGACGGUCGGGAAAAUAAACGUGGUGCGAAUUAAUUUCGUGAAAUUUGUUUGUGAAAACAAAAUUUCAAAGUGAAGUGGUGUUUUUAUGUAAUAGACGUGCUCGUUUUUGUAACCGGGACGUCAUGACUAACAGCCUGGAGUUGGAGGUACCGCUCAAGGUCGCGCGUCACCUAAUCGAGCGCGUUGGCUUCGCCUAUUUCAACGCACGCCGCAAAAUCGCGCCAGGUGGUGUCGAGCGCAGUGAAUCCGACGAGAAGUUGGAGGGCGUCGGCGAGGAGGUGGACAUCAGCUACCUCAAGUCCCUAGAUCCCAAGGAAUGGAAGGACCAAGAUCACUACAGUGUCCUCGGCCUGGGAAAAUUGAGAUUCGAAGCCAGCGACGAUGACAUUCGUCGCGCCUACAGACGCAUGGUGCUGCAGCAUCACCCGGACAAGCGAAAAGCCAAGGGUGAGGUGGUGAUCAACGACGAGGACUAUUUCACAUGCAUAACAAAGGCCUACGAGAUAUUGGGCACUUCGAAGGCGCGACGCAGCUUUGAUUCAGUGGAUCCCGAAUUCGAUGAUUCGCUACCCACUCAAACAGACAUCGACAAUGAUUAUUUCAAAGUAUUCAAUAAAAUGUUCAAGCUGAAUGGACGCUGGAGCGAGCGGCCGCAGGUGCCAGUCUUUGGCGAGGUGGACGCCAAGCGCGAGGAGGUUGAACGCUUCUAUAACUUCUGGUAUGACUUCAAAUCGUGGCGUGAGUUCAGCUACCUGGACGAGGAGGACAAGGAGAAGGGCCAGGACCGAGAUGAGCGUCGCUGGAUCGAGAAGGAAAACAAGACGGCGCGCAUCAAGCGGAAAAAGGAGGAAAUGAGUCGCAUACGUGAUCUCGUCAAUUUGGCGUACAACAACGACAAGCGUAUACAGCGUUUCAAGCAGGAGGAGAAGGAUCGCAAGGCGGCGGCAAAGCGGGCCAAAAUGGAUGCCGUCCAGGCACAAAAGGCGGAGCAGGAGAAGGCUGUACGCGAGGCAGCGCUGGCCAAGGAGCGUGCCGACAAGGCUGAACAGAAGCGCAUCGAGCUAAUCCGCAUUGAACGCGAGCAGCAGAAGAAGGUGCUCAAGAAGGAGCGCAAAACGCUUCGGGACAAGGUCAAGGAUUGCAAAUACUAUGCCAAAAACGACAAGGAUCAGCUGAAGCACAUGGAGGGCACCGAGAAAAUUUGCGAAACGUUUAACCUGGCCGAGCUGCAGGCACUGAACAAGGCCAUGGAGUCCAAGGGUCGCGAAUCCUUUGUCGCUGCUCUGCAGACAGCCGAUCAGAAAAUCGCCGCCGAACUGGAGCAGUUCAACCAGACGCAGCAGAAGAAGCUGGCCACUGCCGCUGCACCCAAAGCUGCCGUCAAGGAGGUGAAGAAGGGCGAACUCUGGAGCAACGAAAAUGUGCAGCUGCUCAUCAAGGCGGUGAAUCUGUUCCCUGCAGGCACUGCCCAGCGCUGGGAUGUCAUUGCCACGUUUAUCAAUCAGCACAGUGGCUCGGGAGGAGCUCAAGUGCUGGCCCGGGAUGUACUCAACAAGGCCAAGGCUCUGCAGAACAGCGAUCACUCCAAGAGCAGCCUCAAGACGCAGGCCAACGAUGCCGCGUUUGCCAGCUUCGAGAAGUCCAAGAAGGAAGUGCAAGUCUCAAAUGACAUAACCAUUGGCGAGGAGGCGCCCUCGCAGGAGAGCAAGGAGAAUGUCAAGCAGAACGGUGGCGCUCAUCCCAAUCAGGUGAACAAUCAGAAGCCCAAGCAGAACGGCAUAGCGACGCCAGCAGCAGCUGAAGCUGCAGCGGGAGCGGGAGCAGGAGCACCAGCGGCUGCACCCAUGACCAAUGGCACUGGUGGUGGCGCUGCUGCAUCCAAAACCUGGACCAAGGAGGAGCAGGCACUGCUUGAGCAGGCAAUCAAAUCUUAUCCGACCACGACACCCGAUCGCUGGGACUGCAUUGCUGCAUGCAUACCGAAUCGCAGUAAAAAGGAUUGCCUGCGACGUGUCAAGGAGCUGGUCGAGCUGGUCAACUCCAAGAAGGAGGCACAGGCGGCGACCAAAUGAGACGCAACCGAACCCACACUACACUACUCCUCCUCUUCUAGCUGCUGUGUCCCAUAUAAAUUUUAUUUAAAUAAAACAUAAAAAGUUUUUUGAACGUU